AUGGAAUAUGGGUUUGAACUUUGUUUCCUGGAGUCAGAGGUCUAUGCUGCGCGGGUGAAUAAUUUGUGUGCGGCAAAUUCAGUCCUGUGUAAUUUUGGGGCCCAUUUCAGUGAGUCACUUAUGAAAAGAUUUAGAGAGAGCUGUUUUGGGCACCUGUUAGGCCUCCAUAAAAUUGCAUUUAGUGGUCAAAUUGUGCAUGCUCUGGCACUCCGGCGAGUCGGAGGACUUGGUGUUAAGGACAUGCUGGGCCUUAGUUAUACAAUAGGGUCCAAUGUUGCUCAAUUCAGUGUAAAGGAUUUUUGUUUGAUAAGUGGUCUGAAAUGUGGAACAAAGCCUGACAUAACGUCCGGGGGGGAUGCUCAUAAUCGAUUUAUGAAAGCUCAUUUUACUAACAGGGGUCACAUUACUUGCAAUGACUUAGAAAAUGCAUUCCUAAAGUCCGAAAGAGGAAGCGAGGACUCGUUCAAAUUGGGACUACUGUAUUUUAUGGAGUUUGUGAUAAUGGGUAAACCCCAAAAUGUGAAGCUAAACGAGGAAUACUUACAUUUGGUUCAUAAAAUGGACGAAUUCAACAAUUAUCCGUGGGGAUCUAUAUCUUUUGAGUAUCUGCAAGAUUCUCUGUUGUUUGCUCCCGGGAAGAAAGAGAGUGAUGAAGAGAAUGAUGGGAAGGGAAAAAAGGCGGUGCAGAGUUCAGUGAGAAAAGGGAAGAAAAACGUGGAAGACGAGAAGCCUAAAAGAAUUAACAAACCUGGAUGGAGUAUAAAAGGAUUGAGCUAUGCUCUGCAAAUUUGGGUGUAUGAAUUAAUUGCUGAAUUGGGAAUUCCCCCUUUAGAUAUUGUAAGCGGAUCGAGGAACCUACAUUAG